AUGCAGUGUGGGCAGACGGGCCUCAAGUGGUUCGCCAGAAAUCUGCGCGAAUGCAAGUCUGGUUGCAUCAUCGUGCCUGACAGACGAGAGUCCGGAAGCCAGUUUCACUCUCCUCUUUCCUACUUAACGUGCAGACUUCACAUGCGCUCUCUCUUUCUCUUUCUCUCUCUCUCUCCUUCAAACACACUUAUUUUCACACAGGCACACGCACACCGGCACACUAACACGCCUGAGGAGGAGGGCUCUUGA